AUGCCAAAGCACGUCCCAGUACACCACUACGACAGCAAUCCCUACGAGCUCGUUCCGAAGGGAAUUAUACACCCGGAUGUAGAACACCACGACCAUCCAGAGGAUGCAGAACACUAUCUCCUCCCUGUAGUAUUUGCUCUCGAGGAAGGGGCAGUUGCGCAUAUCAAGUAUCCCGGACCGGGGGUAUACUUUUUUUCCCAGGGGGAAAUAGAGUACGAGGAUACCGCAAAGCCAGGGCAUCAUACUCUUUUGAAGCCAGGAUCCGUGCUUCACAUUGAGGAUGGGUCAGUCAUUCGUUGGCGGUGCAAAUCGCCUUCCGGCGUGAAAGGGUUUGCUGCUUUCUACGUCCCAGUUUCUGUUAAGAGUUUGGACGAAUUUGUGGUCCCGGAGUAA